AUGACUCUUUUUAACAAUUAAACUGAGAGAGAGAGAGAGAGCCUUCAUAGCAUAUCUUGUCUGACUGAAAACUUAUUUGGCUGCUCCUCUUUUUUGUCACUUUAUUAUUCAUAUUUUUAAUUUUUAAUUUUGAUGCUUUCAUAUGUAUCUUCAAUUUCAGCAGUUACCUAUAACCGUGUUGAAUAGUCAAUAAAGUUAGCUAAGCAAAAAUUCUAUCUUUUUUGUUUGUUUUAAAGAAAAAAAUGAGGUUUCAAGAUGAAGCUGUUUGAAAGAAUGGUAAAGAUCAAGAUUUUGAAGUUUUUGGGGUUUAUCUUUAUUGAAUUUUGAUUUCACUUAUAAUUGAAUUGUGUGAAAAAGUUUGAGUCUUUUUGGGGUUUUAGCUAGUUCCUCUAUGCAGUUUAUAUGAUUCCACUUUUGGGUAUUUCAUAUUUGUUCUUUUUGAAGCUCUGGAAAUAGGUAUUUUGGAUUCUUGAUUUCACUUAUACUUCAAUUGUGUGAAACAGUUGGAGUUUUUUUGGUUCCAGUUUUGGGUGUUUUGGAAUCUUGAUUUCACUUGUAAUUGAAUUGUGUGAAAAGUUAUGGUCUUUUUGGAGUUCUAGCUAGUUCCUCAAAAAAAAAAAAAAAAAAAAGAGGUAGUUCCUGUAUGCAGCUUAUAUGAUUCCAGUUUUGGGUAUUUCUGGAAUCCUGAUUUCACUUGUAAUUGAAUUGUGAAAAGUAGUCUUUUUGGUGAGUUUAUAUGGUUCCAGUUUUGGGUGUUUUGAAAUCUUGAUUUCACUUGUAAUUGAAUUGUGUGAAAAGUUAUAGUCUUUUUAGGGUUCUAGCUAGUUCCUCAAAAAAAAAAAAAAAAAAAAAGAGCUAGUUCUUCUAUGCAGUUUAUAUGAUUUCAGUUUUGGGUAUUUAUGGAAUCUUGAUUUCACUUGUAAAAACUUUUUGGGGUUCUAGCUAGUUCCUCUAUGCAGUUUAUAUGAUUCAAAUUUUCGGUAUUUCAUAUUAGUUUUUUUUUAAAGCUCUAAUACUUGAGAGCUUUGAAUGGUUGUUGUUGUGAAGUUGAAGCCUUUGAAAAUUUUGGGUUCUCUAAGUAUUGAGGUCUGAACAAGGUAUUAUUGGAAUCUUGAUUUUAAUUGCAGUUGAAUUGUGUGAAAAAAGUUGGAGUCUUUUUGGGGUUCUUGUUAGUUAUUUUAUGCAGUUUAUGUGAUUCCAGUUUUGGGUAUUUGGAAUCUUGAUUUCGCUUGUAAUAUAAUUGUGAAAAGUUGGAUUCCUUUUGGGGUUCUAGCUAGUUCCUCUAUGCAGUUUAUAUUAUUCCAGUUUUGGGUAUUUCAUGUAUUUGUUUUUAAAGCUCUAAUACUUGAGAGCUUUGAAUGGUGGUUGUUGUUGUGAAGUUGAAGCCUUUGAAAUUUUUGGGUUCUAUAAUUAUUGAGGUCUGAACAAGCCUAUGUGAUUCCAGUUUUCGGUAUUUGGAACCCAUUUUGAACCAACCCGCCCAUUUGCCACCUCUAAAUUAUGGGUUGUGUUUGGGGUAAACUUUCUCGGGGUGUCAAAGAUCGGCGGGGUGGUCAAAAGAAGAGAGAAUUAGCUAAAGGGUCAUCAGCUGUCGGUUCAGAGAGAGAAAAGAGUUUUAGGGUGAAAGAGAAAUCAGAGAAUGACGAUAUUAGAGUUGGUUCAUUCGAUAGGAAACCUAAUGGAUCUAGAAGGGUCGGGGACGAUCACUAUGAGAAAGUUAAUGGAAAGAUUGAAGCUGUUGUCCCGAAAGCAAUGGAAGGGGAGUUGAUUGCUGCAGGUUGGCCUUCUUCACUUGCUGCUGUAGCCGGUGAAGCUAUUAAUGGUUGGAUUCCACGCAAGGCUGAUACUUUUGAGAAAUUAGAUAAGAUUGGACAAGGGACUUAUAGUAGUGUAUACAAGGCUCGUGAUCUGGUUAAUGAUAAAGUUGUUGCGCUCAAAAGAGUGAGGUUCGAAAAAAUGGAUCCUGAAAGUAUCAAAUUUAUGGCAAGGGAGAUUGUUAUUCUUCGGAGACUUGAUCAUCCAAAUAUCAUCAAAUUGGAAGGCAUGAUAGUAUCAAGAACAUCUUGUAGUUUGUACCUUGUCUUUGAGUACAUGGAACAUGAUCUUACUGGGCUGGCGUCUCUUCCCGGUAUUAAAUUUACCGAACCGCAGGUUAAAUGUUACAUGCGGCAGCUUUUAAGUGGACUUGAUCAUUGCCAUAGUAGGGGUGUGCUCCAUCGGGACAUCAAGGGUUCUAAUCUUCUUAUUGACAAUCAUGGCACUUUAAAGAUUGCAGAUUUCGGGUUGGCAAACUUUUUCGAUAACCAGCAUAGUGUUCCAUUAACAAGUCGUGUUGUGACCCUUUGGUAUCGACCGCCAGAGCUCUUACUCGGAGCAAGUCAUUAUGGAGCUGCAGUAGACAUGUGGAGUACCGGCUGCAUACUUGGAGAAUUAUAUGUUGCCAAGCCCAUAAUGCCUGGUAGGACAGAGGUGGAGCAACUACAUAAGAUCUUUAAGCUUUGUGGUUCGCCAACUGAGGAUUAUUGGAGAAAAACAAAACUAUCUUAUUCAGCAGUAUUUAAACCUAUACAGCCUUACAAACGGCGUAUUGGGGAAAGAUUUAAGGAGCUUCCUCCAUCUGCCGUGGGGUUAUUGGAGACAUUACUUUCUAUAGAUCCCGUACUUAGAGGAACAGCAGUUGGGGCUCUCGAGAGUGAGUUCUUCACCACGAAGCCAUUGGCUUGUGAUCCUUCGAGUCUGCCAACAUACCCUCCCAGCAAGGAAAUUGAUGCGAAACUGCGGGAAGAGGAAGCUAGAAGGCAAGGGAAUGCAAAUGGGUCAAAAGAACGUCAAGCAGCUCCAGCACAUGACGCUAAUGCCAAGUUGGCUAGCUCAAUGCAGAGGAGACAGAGCGGUUCCAAUCCUAAGAGCCAAAGUGACCGGUUCAAUCCCUCGAAGGAAGCUGCUGCUCGUUUUCCAAAUGAUCCACCUAAAGCAUCACAAGCAGUGAAACAAACUACGAAAGACCACCUGGAGAAUCUUUCCGAUAGAUUUUCAGUCAAAAAUCACCUCGACGACAUUUCAGAGACAUUUUCUCAUCCAGUCCCUCUGGCUCUAGGGGUAUUUGGGAAGAAAUAUGAUGAUAUUUCCAUUGGUCCCGAUAGAGCCGACUUGUCAGACUUGGUAGCAUCCAGGUCCGUUGUGUCUGGAGACGAUCGAGAUAGAUGUGUUCAGCAGAACGAUGCGGGUUCUCAUCUAUUUGAAAGUGGAAGGGCUAGCAAGGAGGCAAAUAUGCAUGACCAUGGUUACAAGGGAAACGAAAUCCAUUAUUCUGGUUCACUACUAGUUGCAUCAAGUAAAGUGGAUAAAAUGCUUAAAGACCGCGAUCGUCACCUCCAGGAAGUUGCACGACGAGCAAGGUUCGAGAAGGCACGAGCAGGUCAAGCUCAGACUCAUGGAAUGUGAUACACAUGCAACUCUAUAUAAAUAUCUCUAGUUUAGGAACAAGGUAGAUAAGCAUAAGCAUAUAUAUAUAGAGAGAGAGAGAGAUGAAAGAGAUUUUUCUUGUAAAUCAUAACUAGGUCUAUGUACAUUUCUUCUGAGGAAUUGUAAAUAUAUUAUACUUAUAGAACUAAGAGGAAAUCUGGUUAAUAUGAAGACUGUAAAUUAGCAACCGUAAGUGUUGUACAUACCGUUCUUUUUAUGUGUUAUGUUCAUGUGUUUUUGGACAAUAUAUAGAAUAAAAAUCUAAGAAAGUGAAAAUAUUUUGAUAUUCAUUCA